UUGGCUUGGUGACUGACUGUGAAUACACUGAUGUUGUAAUAUGCAGUUUUAUUGUGUGUGUUAUGUAUCAGGACUGAUGUUUGCAUGCUCACACACCCCUCGUGCUCUCUUCCACUCAAACCUGUCGAGCAACACAAAUCAAAUUCUUCUUCUCACACUCACACAACAGCACUACAGGUCUAAAGUAUGGAGCUGAGACGUCUUGGAUUAAACCAGAAACAAACAGAUGCUAGGUUGUUACUGAAGUGAAUUAUUUCCAGGAGUCGAGGGAAUAUUAUUCAGUUCUCUGAUGAUCUCAUGAUGACUGUACACGAACCCUGAUUUCCUGUUUGCACUGAACACCAGCCACAUAACAGGUUUGGGAUCAGCAGAAGUGAGCCACUAUGUCACUUUCACAGCAGGUUCUGGUGAAUUAUGAAUACAAAUACACUGCUCGAGAUGGCAGAGAGGUGUCCAUCAAACCCAACGAGCACUACAUCCUAGUAGCCAAGACCAAUGAAACCUGGUGGCACGUCCGGAGGGAUGAGACUGAGAAGCCUUUUUUCAUCCCAGCGACCUAUGUCACUGAACUCCCACCUGAGACCAACCAAACUUCACUGGAGGUUAGUGGAAGUGAAUUCCUCAAGUCUAACUCUGAGAUGGCUCCUGAUCGUCUUCCCACCGUCACUGAGCCCGCCGAGGUCACUCUUCGAGUCCCAGCCUCUAUAAAACGAGACACGGAGAAAGACGGUCAUAGAAUAUCAACAUAUAUUAUUCCAAAGGAAUUCUUUGAACUGAAGGGUUUGGAUCCAGAUCCCAUAAAGACUGAAGCAGAGGCCGGUCCUGUGCCUGAACACACAAACUCCAAGCCAGCUUCCCCAACUAAUGGAGAAACACCAACCUCGAUCUUACUGAAGCUUCUUCAUACAGUCAACACACCUCAGUCCCCAGACCUGGAGAUCAAAUCAACCGUAAAUGCAACAGGAGAGCCUCAGGUGGACACAAAGGCCCUGGAUCAAGACAUUCAGAUGCUCAAUAGAGCUGGCUGGGGUGACGUCUGGAACCCCAUGAAUAAAGACAAGAAUGAGAGUUUGGAUACAGUGAGAGAACCAGAAUCCUUAAAAGCUGAAGAUAAUCUGACUGUAAACCCUGUCACACCAGAUAAGAAUAUGGUGGAGGAUGACAGCGCUCUCACAGCGAUUUAUGUAAACCUCCCGCGGCCGCGUCGGAGUAUCACUGACACCUCCAGUACCAUUACUUCUCCAUUACUAGAGAUCCCAGAGCCUCCCGAUACCCUUCUUUUAGACUCUGCGGGAUGGGAGAUCCAUACUGACGACCAGAGCGGGCAAAAGUACUACUAUCACCCCUCUACGGGCCGCAGCACCUGGGAGUAUCCGCUCAGUUCCUCCAUGGAGUCAUCAUUGGGGACGGAGGAAGCCUGUUCUCCUCCCUCGUUCCCCCAGUCUCCCAUCAGCUCAGCCCUAGACCCUUCUCCUCAGAGGUGGAGCUCGGACUGGGAGAAGGUGCUGGAUGACAAUACUGGGAGGCAUUACUUCUUUAACAUUGUGUCGGGUCAGAGCUCGUGGGAUCCCCCAGAGGAUAUCACCUCACCUGAGAGUUUUCUGGAAGACUGCCUGCCUCCACUUCCUGAGGAAGACUACCCUGCAUCCCCAGAUCUGGAGGAAGCAUGUCCUCUCUCGAUGCCGUCAGAGUACACUUUGACUCAAGUGAAGAAGGUGUCGAUCCCCAGGGCCAGUCUGGAUCACUGCGUCCCACCAGGCUGGACCCUCAGCAUCGACCCUGAAGGAGCUUGGGUCUUCACGAGUGACUACACGCAGGAACAGUGGAUCAAGUCGCUAGACGAUCGAGGGCGGACGUAUUACUACUUAAGAGAUGGCAGCAAGUCCCAGUGGAACUUGCCUGAGUACUCUGGAAGUUCAGGACAGUAUGGAGUGGGAAAUGGGGCCUUACUAGAGCAGGACACAAUGGGAUCCAUGCAAAACUGGAGGCGCAGUACGGGAUACCAGGAUGAUAGUCACUCAUCAUAUCCUCAGUAUACACCAGAGAGCGAUGCCGCCAGCUCUCCCGAGAUGCCACAUAAUGUUUCAAACUUGGAAAAGGCUGGAAUCCUGAAUAAAACAAAGGUGUCUGAAAACGGGAAGAAAAUUAGGAAGAACUGGAGUAAUUCCUGGACGGUUCUCCAUGGAGGGAUACUGACAUUCCAUAAGGAUCCAAAGUUCCCAGCCGGAGCAUCGAGCAAGUCAAAUCAGAUAGUUCCAGAAUUCAUAGUCGAGCUGAAAGGGGCAGCCAUUAACUGGGCAAGCAAGGACAAAUCAAGCAAGAAAAAUGUCUUGGAGCUUAAGAGUCGCACUGGUGUGGAGUACUUGAUCCAGUACGACACUGAGAGCAUCAUCACAGACUGGUAUAAAAUCAUCACAGAUACCAUACGCCAGCUGGAUCUGCGUCAGGAUCUGGAUCAGCACCACUCUGAAGAUGAGGAGGAGAUCAGCUUAGACCGAGACGAUAGAUCCUUCGACAAAAGAACGAUGAGCAAUGCAUCUCGUCAUCCUUCAUCCACUUCUACACCGGAAGCAGAUCAGAAGAAGGUACGCACCAAACUGAAGAAGUUUCUCCUCAAGCGGCCCACCCUGCAGUCGGUCAAAGACAGGGGAUAUAUCAGAGAAAAUGUCUUCGGAUGUCACUUGCACAAUCUCUGCAACCAAGAAAAGACCAGUGUGCCCAGCUUUGUAGAGAAAUGCAUCCGGGCAGUAGAGAAAAGAGGUCUGGAGAUCGAUGGACUCUACAGAGUUAGUGGGAAUCUGGCAGUCAUCCAGAAACUGCGUUUCAAAGCAGAUCAUGAGGAUCUGGACCUGGAGGAGGGGAACUGGGACAUCCAUGUGAUCACAGGAGCGCUGAAGCUCUUCUUCAGAGAGCUGCAGGAGCCUCUUUUCCCUUACAAUCUCUUCAAUGAUUUCAUCAGUGGCAUCAAAAUCCCUGAUUAUUACAGUAAAAUAGCACACAUGAAAAAUCUGGUUCGGUCUUUGCCACCACCCAAUCGUGAAACAAUGGAGGCCCUCUUCAGCCAUUUACGCAAGGUUAUUCAACAUGGCAAUGAGAACAGAAUGAGCGUGCAGAAUGUAGCUAUCAUUUUCGGCCCAACAUUACUCAAACCGGAGGUGGAGACAGCAAACUUCGCCGCUUACAUGGUCUUCCAGAACCAGAUUGUAGAGUUCCUACUCAAUGAAUUUGAGUCGAUCUUCCACAUGUGAUUGACUUGAACUUGCACUGAUUACAAAACCCUCUCAAAUGAGCUCAGUCCAGUGACAGGGACAGUAUAUAACAGAUCUGUGAAGGAAAGCCUCCACAUUUUGCAGUAGGUUGUAAAUAGAGAACAGUAGCAUCUAUGAUUAAUAUAUUAAUAUCACUGAAACAGAAUUAAGGUUUUACGUGAGCAGGCCAUUAAGGGUAAUACACAUUUUAAAACUGUAUAGCUAAACGGAAGUUUUCUAAGAAUAUCAGAGCUUUCUUUUUAAAUAGUUAUCAGCUAUUCUUGGUUUUUCUUGCUACAAACUGAACAGGUCAAUUAAAUAAUAAUGUAGUUUAACUUUGCUUUCCUGUGGUCUUUCGCUUUCUGUAGAAUCGUGCAAAACACUGCAGGUUUUUACCCUAUUCCUUUGGAUUUGCAAUGUGAUAACAGAUUAAUAAUAUUAAAUUACAACAUUUGUUAUGUUUAGGUGUCAAUUUUGUUUUUUAUUCUUCUUUUAAUACUUGCAUCUGUAACAUAGAACUUUACAAAGAAAGUACUGCAGGCCUGUAACUGUAAAUUGGAAAUCCUAAGUUGUAAAACUUUGUACAUUGUCAUUAAAGCCACAAUAUUUUAGAUUUUGUGGUAUCAAAAUAUAGAAUCUGAAUUUGCACAUAGAUUAAGCAUUAAU